AAGUGGUAUAUACGACUUCUCAGCUAGAAAACAUAUCGCCAACUUCUGGGCUGUAUAACGAACAUAUAUUGUGUUCUCUUCAGUUGAUCUGGCUUAGUACAGUCAGAGGAAAUGCCCAUAUUUCUCAAAGAACUGAUGACUGAAAAUGACUUCAUAGAAAAUUUCAAUAAUACAACCCCACUCAAGAAGACAUUCGUGCUAUUUAGUUUAAAAAAGGAGAGCAAUUCUCUUUGGAAAGUAUGGGGCUAUGGGUACAACAAUCCUGGUAAAGAGCAUGCUGAAGUUUUAGUUUUGGAUGCUAUCAAAGAAUAUAUCGCAGAAAACCAAAACUGUCGAAAAUAUAAAGUGACAUUAUUUCUGUCACAUAGUCCUUGCCAUGAAUGCAGUGCUAGGAUACUAUCUUUCUUGACAUCAAGAAAUGGAAUUCAAAUGGAAAUAAAAGCGUCAAGACCAUAUUUUUUAAAUAAUGAAGAAGAACGGAAAGGGCUCUGGUAUCUGAAGAAAGCUAGUAUUCCAGUUAAAAUGAUGGACAGAUUUGACUACCAAAAAAGUUUCAAUUUAUUUGUGCAUCCAACGAAGAAGUUUACACCAUGGCUUGGUUUGGAUGAACAAAGCAAGAAGAAUUUAGAUGAAAUGAAUACAAUUUGGAAACAGGAGGAAGAAAAAGAAAGAGAAGAAAAACUAAGGAAAGGAAUCAAAACAUCCUAUCAUUGCAGUGUGACUGAUUCACAUAGCUUUGCAGGUUUUCCUGUUCCACAAAUUAGUGCCCAGGAAGUUUCCAAACCAGAUAUUCUUCUGGAUCCUCAGUCACCAAUAAUGGAAAAAACUCAGUUGUCGGGACCAGAGACUCCUCAGAAACUGAACUACCCUACAAAAGGCAUGGGAGCUAGCCGAGCAGUUAAAAGGAAACUUGAUUUCUCCAAGAACUAGAGGCACAAACACAUUUCCCUUUUGCUCUUCACUUUGCUACUAUGAAGUAGGUACUAGAAACCUGAACCUGCACUCAUGAAAUAACCUAGAUUAAAUGCUAGCAUUGUUGCCACUUCUUGCUGUUUUAAUUAUAAGAAUGUCUGUUGGGCAUUUCCUGUUGGUCAUAAUUUUUUCUUGAUACAGAUAGGCACAGAAGUGCUUGCAAUGUAUAACUGUGAAAGUUGGGCCAUAAGGAAGGCUGAGCGCUGAAGAACUGAGGCCUUUGAAUUGGUG